AUUUAUUCAGUUUAUUUUAUACUGUGAAGCGGAGCGCUACACAAAAUUGUGCGAAAUACAAAAAAUAUUUACGUGUAGGUACUUUAUGAAAUCAGUGAAUUCAGUGGUUGUGCAGUGAUUUAUUGGUCAAAUAAAAAGCACACAAAUCAAAAUAAUGGACAAAUCUGUGUUAUAGUGAUAAGUUUAAUUUAGGAAGUGGACGAUGGAUGAAAAUAUAGGGAAUGCCAAAUAUUACGAAGGUUGUGGUCAGGAGGGCCCGAUCCGAUGCAUAUUUCUGUGCGAGUUCCACCCGACGGCGGGGCCCACCAUCACCUGCCAGGUGCCAGAGAACUAUAUUUCGAAGGAUAUCUUCGACACCGUGAGCCAUUAUAUCAUACCUAAAGUGCAGUUGCAGCGGUGCACGUUGACAGUAACCCUCCUUGGGUCGAAGAUCCUGGGUUUCCCUGUUCGGCUGGACAACAAGAAGUAUGCUCGCAAUGCAUACUACUUCAACCUAUGCUUCGUCUGUGACGCGUGGGCGAGGACUGUCCACCUUGAGCCACUAGUCAAGAAACUCACAGAGUAUCUGCUAUCCAUGGAGCUGGAGACGGAGUGGCUGUCGCGGCAGUCGCGCUCGGGCGACGCGCGCGCGCUGGGCGGCCUCAUGCGCCAGGUCAUGCGCGACAUCAACAGCCGCCGCAUGUGCACGCUCACCGUGGGCACCACAACCACGCACCUGACCGUGGUCCGCGUGAACAGCGACCCGGCGCCCGUGCGGGACCACCAGGUGCCCGUGUUCUUGUACAGCCGUCACAGCUUCGCGCCAGACCAGUGGGACCUCACCACCAACCAGAUCCUGCCCUACAUAGACGGUUUCAACCACGUGUCCAAGAUCGCGGCGCUCACCGACGUAGAAGUCAGCCUCGUACGCGCGUGUGUCCAGAACCUCGUUUACUACGGGGUGGUGACGCUGGUGCCGAUGUUCCAGUACUGUGCGGUGUAUAGUGCGACCCCCAAGCUGAGGCAGCUGACGCGGUGUGCCGGACUGCAGAGGCAGUGCUUGGAGUUCGCGGCGAGGUCUGCCCGCCAACUGCCCAAAGUGAGCGACGCGUUCCGCAUGUACGCCGGCAUGACGUACGGCACGUGCAUCCGGGAGCUGUGCCGGCGCCUGCGCCCGCAGGACCUCGCCAUCAACGAGCGCAAGCUGGUGCUGUUCGGCGUGCUCGAGGGACUCAUACGCAGGGUCUAUAAGUACCCAAUCAACAUAACGCACGACGACGACGACGCAGACAGCGUGCGCAGCGAACACAGCCAACCUCUAGUCCGGACCUACAACGGCCUGGUCUGUCUCGACGAGCUGUGCUGCCAGGGGGGCCUGACCGCCGCCCAGCUGGAGGAACAGCUCGAGAAUGAUAGCAAUGUCGCCUUCAUUGUCAAGUGAUGUGAGGAUUGGUGUUUCGUUCGCUCUUUUGGAUGUGUCAAGCGAUGUGAGGGUUAGUGUGGUUCGUUCGUUCUUUGAGUGAAGUGACAGAUGACUCCGUUCAUU